ACAAUUAGCAUUAACUAUUGAAAGUUUGAAAGAACGAAUUAAAGAACUAAAAACAGAUUUACAGAUUUCUAAUGAUGCAAAUAUGAAAUUAAUCAAAGAUAAUAGAAAUAUACUUGCUGUAAAUCAAAAUUUAAGUGAACAACUUCAAACUUUAACUGAUGAAGAGUUAUUUAAUAGAAAAAAAAAUGACAAGAAAGAAGAAAAAUUUAAAUAUUUUAUUUUAAGAGAAUAUGUUAAACUAUCAGAUGUUGAUUCAUUAUUAUAUUUUCAACAAUGUUUUAUUCCAACUUAUGAAAGAAUUGCAAUUCUUUAUGAAAUGAUUGGCAUACAUUUAAAUGCGCUUCCCUUUUCUGUAGCAUGGUUUACUACAAGAAAUA